AUGUUGGUACAGGGUCCAGGAAUAGGAAUCCUGUCCAUCUCGAAGAGUGGGCACCUGGCUCUGUCCAUGGCCUCUUUUCUCUCUGGCAUCUCAGCCACAGCCUGGAUCACCGGCUGCAACGCUAAUAUGGUGGCGCCACUGCACUACAAAGACCUCAUCAUCCCUUCCAUCACGCCUAUCGUUGAGAACGUCACCUUCUCACCGUCCGGCAUCCUCGACAUCCGAGACGCCUUACCGGACCCAGAGACUGAGGGGAACCGCGGUUCUGUGAUCCCAAUAGAACGUUCCAAUUCUAGGUUCCUCUUCGCCGCCUCUGAGGACGACAGGAACUGGAACAGCUGUCUCUUCGCCCAACAGGCCGCCGCCCGGCUGAGGCAUCAUGGGAAAGAGAACUUUGAGGUGGUGAUGUACCCCAGGGCGGGGCAUUUUCUGGAAGUACCCUACAUGCCCCACUGCCCGUCAGGCUUCCAUUCCGCGGUUGGUCAAGUGGUGGUGUUUGGGGGAGAAGCUAAAGCCCACCAUCAGGCUCAGCUGGACCUGUGGAGGAGGGUCCAGGAGUUCUUCAGGAAACACCUGGACAGGAACAACACUGCCCAGAAAGCUAUAACAUCUUCAGGCACCCCCUAUGAGAAACAGUGCAUGAUGUUCAACGCCAUCCUCGGCAAGGAGAUCUUCCGGAAGUGA